UUCCUACAGAGGAGUGUCUGUCUGGAAAUGUUUUCCAUUCAUUCACAGCGGAGUUAAUGUUUUUGAGGACCUUUUUCUUUUCAGCACCUUUGUAAAUUGUCCCUCUGCAGGAUGUCUGUCGACAAUGGUUAUGCCCGCGUAGAGCAGUAGAGGAACGUAUGAUAAACAUUCAUCAUAAUUAUUUCGCUUCCGAUUUUUUUUCACCCAACACUCGCAAUUCGACCCCCAUCACAUGAUUGGAUAACCUAUCUCUACAUAUUAAGUCAGAAGCCCAUUCAUAUCGAUAAUCAAGAAGUCAUUUGCCAACGAGUUGACUUCGUCAGGUGCAUAGGCUACAGCUCAGUUCAGUAGGCGAGACAACGAAAAAAGAACGGCAAGGAAACAGAACCACCCAGAAGAUUUAGAGAUGGCGAAGGCAGACCAGCGCUUUGGGCAGAGAGAUGGCUCCGACCAGAACUUUGACUACAUGUUUAAGCUCCUCAUCAUUGGCAACAGCAGCGUGGGCAAGACCAGCUUUCUGUUCCGCUACGCAGACGACUCGUUCAGCAACUCUUUCGUCAGCACGGUGGGCAUCGACUUCAAAGUCAAGACUGUCUACAGGAAUGACAAGAGGGUCAAGCUCCAGAUAUGGGAUACCGCAGGGCAGGAGAGGUACAGGACUAUCACCACCGCUUACUACAGAGGAGCUAUGGGCUUCAUCCUCAUGUACGACAUCUGCAAUGAAGAGUCCUUCAACGCUGUGCAGGACUGGGCUACCCAGAUAAAAACCUAUUCGUGGGAUAACGCUCAGGUCAUCAUGGUGGGCAACAAGUGUGAUGUGGGCGAGGAGAGGGUGGUGCCCACAGAGAAGGGGAAGCACUUGGCUGACCAAUUAGGGUUCGAGUACUACGAGGCCAGCGCCAAGGAGAACAUUAAUGUCCGCCAGGUGUUUGAGCGGCUGGUCGACAUCAUCUGCGUCAAGAUGUCCGAGCGAGUGGACGUGGAGCCGCCCAUGGUCCCCGGCGUCAAGACCACCAGACUCACCGACAAGCCCCCUCAGUUACCUCAGAAGUGCACCUGUGCCUGACUCACACGUAUAGGGCCAAACCGAGCCAAGCCAUGCCAAGCCGUACUUGGCUGGCCUGGUUACGCAUCUACCAUAGUUGCUGAAACCAUGCUGGAAAAUACCAUUUGAAUAGAAAAUAUCCGAACCAGCACAGUGCGGUUGGGGUUGGCCCUAUAGUAAGAGUCAGGUACUACUGAUUUGGCCUCUCAGUUCUCCCCUACUACACUUGCCAUUCCACUAUUGUUCUUUCCCUACUCCCUGUUAAGCUAUUACAAGUUCCACAAACCUCUUUCCAAAGGUAGCUAUCUAUACAAUGUAAUUAAUCAAGCUACCAAUAACCACUACUACUACUACUACUACCACCACCACUACCACCACCACCACUACUACUACUACUAUUAUUAUUAUUAUUAUUAUUAUUAUACUACUAUUAUUUAGAAUGUACAUAUCUGUUUCACCCCUAUAGCUUUGACCUCCAGCUGGUUCAGAGGUCAGGGAACACUAAGCAGGGUAUACAGGUAAGCACAGCACUGCCUCUCUCCUCCAAAAGGUGGCUUCACCACCACACAUAGAAACACAAGACCACAUCCAUUCACAUUACAAGUUUACACGGGUGAGGAGAUAAGCCUUGAUAGCUGCAUAAUCUUAAAAUUCAGAAUAAUUUUGUCUAGUGCUCUUGUUGACCGUCUCUUACAAGCACUAAAGCGAAGACAAACUACCCACUGGUUACAGACGUAAGUUCAACAUGUAGUUUUGAUUUAAAUUUGGUUGAGUUGUCAACUAACGGGAAUUCAACGUGAAAUCAACAACAAAAAUUCACCAUGACAUUGGAUUUAGUUUAAAUGUUAGAUGAAAAAAAGAAUAAAUGCCCUUAUGUUGAUGACUUUUUGCAAAUCCAAUCAGUUUUCCACGUUGAAACAACGUCAUCACAUUUAUUUUUUGGGUUGAAAUGAUGUGGGAACAACGUUGAUUCAAUCAGUUUUAGCCCAGUGGGUAAUAAUCUUCCCUGUAGAUUUUUCAGUCUCUUAACGAUAUGCAGUGCCGCUGUCUCUUGAAGGGGUAGUAAUGAUAGUACACCGAUGAAACGGCAAGAUGUCCAAUACGUCUUGCACCACCAACACCAAGCCAAUGCCAUGUACAGGGUGUUCUGACAUUCUGAGGGACUAUUUAGAAUAUAGAUGUUCAUUGAAGAGCACACUCUUUAUCCUUCAGCUAAUAUAAUCUCGUAGCCGUUAUGUAAGCCAUGUUUGUUUACAGUGUUUAUUUCAUGAAAAUGUGUGUGUUUUAGAGAGCAAAGUGGUCUAUUGUUGUAUAUGACAUACAGUAUAUAACUGAGUGUUCAGUUGUAACGGUUUCAUUUGUGUAUCAUGUAUCUUGGGCAGAGGUACAUGUCAUAUGAGACACAUCAAAAUACUUUGUGAAAUGGGAAGAGACAGAACAUUAUAUUAAAAAAAAUUGUGCUAAAAAAAACGAUGGAAAAAUGUGAAACAUAUUCUGCCAAAUCUUUAUGUAUUGCAAAGUAGCACGUUUUUAAGUGUAACUUCCCACCAUGUGUAUUUUCAGUUUUUUAUUGAAAUGUGUUAAUAUAAUUAUUGAAUAUGUGCAUUUGUAAAUUAUAGAGUUAGAAUCUAUAAUGGUGUUUGCUGAAUUUAUUUUUAUGCUGUAUUAUGGAAAGAAAUAUAGACCAUUUAUGUAAACUUGUUGUUACAGUAAACUCCUGGACAAAAUGGGAAAAAAGCACAAAGUGAUUGUACAAAAUAUUGUGAAUGUUUGUAUAUUAUAGAUGCAAUUUAGAAUAUUAAAAAGCACAACUCUUUA